CAAAGUCGCUGCGCUCCUCGACUCAGUCCCGAAGCGGCUGAGAAGCUCUCCUCUCACUUUUUCUCUAUCCGUCGCCAAAUCCACGACGCCGAAAUAGAAGCCAACAUUCGCUCCUCUAUUCCCAUCACAAUCCGUCAGCUGGAAGCUAUCGUGCGUAUCACCGAGUCUCUUGCCAAACUCACCCUCUCUCCCGUCGCCACCGAGGCGCACGUUGAUGAGGCUAUCCGGCUAUUCCUAUGCUCUAUCAUGGACGCGGCCAACCAGGGAAGCAACCAGGGUAGCCGUGAGUUGAACAGCGAGGUGAACCGUCUCGAGACUGAGCUCAAGCGCCGUCUACUUAUCUGA